UCUGUGGUCAGGGCAGAACAGGGAGCAGAGCUGAACCAGCUGAAUAUAUUGUGUGAGCAGGUCGCAGGGUUUAAAAUGGACUGGUUCCACUGUAACCAGUGCUUCACAAGGAAAGGGUCGUCGUUUGCUGUGUCCAGCUGUGGCCACAUCUCCUGUGAGGCAUGCAUCAAAUCUAAGCAGUGCAGUGUGUGUGGGGCCAGCUGCAGUUAUCUGCCCAUCACGGAUGAGAUGAAACCACAGGAAAAAGUGUUUUUCAAGGACCCAACGAAGCUGAUCCAGUCACGACUGCAGCACAUAUCACAGAUUGUUCAUUUCCAGUGGACACAGAUGGAAAGAGUCACGACGCACUUCAAGCACAAGUCUGUUGAAUUGGAGAGGCGCCUGAAGGAGGUCUCUGAGCAGGGCUACAGGCAACUGACCGAGCUGAAAAGAGAGAACGCUGCCUUAAAAAAGCAGCUUUCUGAGCUGAAAAGAGAAACUGCCGAAUUAAAGAAGCCACUUUCUCAGAGGAGGGUUUCUCCAGGACAAUUUCAUACAGAUGGCACUCAAAGGAUGACACUCCCUGUGGCUGUCACCUCCCCAGGUAAUCUAAGAUUUAAUUUUAAUUUGUUUCAUCAGUUUUUACUACUGGUCAAUUUCAUAUGUAGUUUUCUUUUACUAGUUACACCUCGGUCAAGAUCCAACAGUCACUUUGGCUCAGCAGAGUCUCAGGGGUGGACCAGAGGCCGAGGUCCCAGUCUCUCCUCUCUCAUUGUGAGUCUCCCACUUACAGCGGCUCUUGUGUGA